GUAAGUUGCUUAUGUAUACUCAAAGUUCACUAAUACAUUCUCAUUUAAUGAAUGUGUGUCAAUGGUAGCGAUUUAAUUUUUUGAGGCGUCAUAACAAAUAUUCUGCAGUGCUUCAAAAACACAUUAUUCUGAGGGAUAAACUGGACACUAUGCUGCGCAAUUGUGGCGCUCCUGCUCUUCCUGGUCGGAGAGAUUCGCGUAUUGAAUGAAAGAAUCGGACUGUCUAUAAGAACCGAUCAGAACUAUGUUCCUCUUGAAGCCCCAUAGAGACGACAGAGCGAAGGAGUUAGUUUGUGGAGUUUUGUUCUACACCAUUAUCGAGACGAGAACGCAUUAAUUGUCUGUUGGAUACGAGAACGAAACUGUUACGCAAUGGAGUUGUCAUGGUGGCGAGUUCAGCUGUUACUAUCGGCCAGCGCGUGUGUGCUCUCACUGGAACUUGUUUCACACAACACACAAAACAACAUCUGCUGUCCUCGGGGUCUUUUAAACUGCACAAUGAAAAAUGCAGACUCUCUCAGAGCACACGAUGUGGACUGUGGCCCUGUGUGUGUGUGUUCUCUGGUGGUAAGGCCUAAAUUGUGCUGUGAUGAGGACGAAUGUAAACCGUGUUUGUGGAUCAACAUCCAGCUGCGUAUUAUCCCUGAUCCUGAGAGUGGAGAGUCAGGAGAUGAAGAUGAGGGCAGUGGGGACUGUGAUUCAGAAUGUGUUUACCCCCCAGAUGACACAUCAGAAAAUCAAGGGAAGGAAUACCCACCAUGUGAAGACCAACUGUGUCAUCAAAAUAGCCCAGCUGCUAUUACAAUAUGCUACACAUCAGCAGAAAGAGUGCCCUCAUGGUGCAAGAGAUUAGACUUCACAGUGACUUCUGCUACAAGUUCCAAACCACUCAAUCUGAAUCUGGUGGAGUAUGAAGAUGUUGAAUUCGGCAGAAAAAUGAUGAUCACUGUUGGAUCUGUCUCUAAUUCAGCUGAAGUUGAAGUCCCUACAUUACGAUCAGUGUGUUCUUCACCACUAAACAAGAAAAUUAAAGAGUGUAAAGGUCCCAGAGUUGACAUUGAUAUUGACGAAGAGCAGGGCAUGGUUAAGCUGCAGUUAGCAAAUGAGGAUGAACCACUGCAUCUGUGUGUGAAACGUGGAAGAGAAGGCAAAUGCUGGUCUAGUUUCCUUGUCAACAACACCAUUCCGCUGAAGUCAGUCACACACUGCAUGUGUUUUCAGGCUUGGAAAGAAAGAUCACCUCGUUCAGAAUACUGUCCCUUUAAAGAAAAUGCAGAAUUCAGACAAAAUGUCCUGGACAACAUGUCAGUGUCCGUGGAACACACCAAGACAUAUAAUGGUCAGCCAGUGCUGAGCUGGAAUUUAACAGCACCCUGCAGACUCAAAGCUGAGCUAUGGCCAUGUCAGGUGGAGGCAGAUGGACAAUGCAGAGAGGUUGAUGGAUUCAGACAGCAGUGCUGUAAUAAAACAAAUUGGGAAGAAAAUAUCACAGCUCUAUGGGCAUCCGGAAAAUUUGUGAAUAUCACUUCACGGAAUCACCAGCAACUCUGUGUGAUGCUUCAAGUGGAUGGAAAGAUUCUGCACUACUACUGCCAACAUCCCUUGGAACGGCAGUUCUGGAGCCUUCUCGUUUUUCUGCCGCUGUUUAUUGUUUUUCUGGCUAUUUUCGGAAUCCUUCUACUUGUGAACAAACUCAAAUGGUCACUUAGUGAAUGGGACAGAACACAUCAUUCUAAAGACAUGAUGGGGCAGGUGCUGUUGCUGCAUUACUCUGCCGCCGACCCAUGGCAAACGCGUUUGGUAUGCAAGCUGGGACAAUUGCUUUCUGAGCUGGGUUUCCAUUUGUCUCUUGACCUUUGGAACCAGGCAGAGCUCAGUUCUCUGGGCCCAACGCCUUGGCUCCAUUCCAAGCUCGGUCACAUACAGAAACACGGCGGCAAAGCUCUUCUGAUGCUUUCUCCAUCAACACUGCAGCGAGCUGAAUUGUACUGGAACCACAGCAACCCUAUCGUACACUCCUCAGAUAUGCUAGGUGCAGCCCUAGACUGCAUUUUAGCUGAUCGCCAGAAGGGUGGUGUUGCACAGCGGUUCGUUCUUGUGCAGUUAGAAAAUCUGAACUAUGAAGAUUAUAAAAUGCCAAAGUUGUUCAAGGGCCUGCCACUCUAUAAACUCCCUUCACAGAGUCAGGGACUACUUACAGAGCUGUGUUUGGAAAGACCGAACAGUGUGAAGGGAAAGUUGAAGACGAUGUGGUGGAUGAAGAGGGCACGGAGGAAGUUGGCUCAAGGAAUAAAGAACGUUUGUAAGGGGAAGAGGGCGAGGCCUGAAUUGAUAGAUUCACUCAGCCUAGACGCAGAAGACAUUGAGGAGAUGUUUUUUUUAAAAACUGAACAGUUGUAGAGCACUUACAUGUCAUCAUGAGUGAGUGGGUGGUUCUUGGCCAGAAAUAUAAGCACAGUUGUACAUCAUCGCACCAUUAGCUAGGUAACUCCUAGCCAAUCGCAUGUAAGCCAUAAGUCUGCACACAAUCUAUCACAUUGCUGUUUCAGUCCACCACCCCACCCCACCCCACCACCACCAGUUGAGUCCCAUCUAGCACGGGGGAGGCUCCUCGCCCCUGCCUCCUAUCUCCGGCAGGAAAUGAUGGUUCCGAGUACAACCUCUUCGGACUGCCAGACGGGGCUUACGCCAAAGAGAGAAAUUACAUUUAUGUUUUCUAUUCAUCAAAUAAAUGUCAUCUUAAAUUUCACUCAAGUCGUCCUGCUAGAACUGGUAGUCAAAUCAAGACCCUGAAUCACAACUAUGUGCAGAAUGUACUAUCCAAAAAGUACCAAAUAGUAACAUGUCUUUUUUUGUUGUUGUUGUUUUGACAUAGUACCUUGAUAAUACCAUGAAUUAUUUUUUGUUUUAAUUAUGUACCAUAGUGGCACUAUGCUGGUGGUAUUGUUUUAAAGUACCUUGGAGUACCAUGUUUAUGUCAUGGUACUUGAAUAUGGUAAUAUUGUAUAGUACCAUUAUAGUAUUACCUGACAUGAUAUAUACCAGGCUCAAAUCAGAGUAGUGUGGCUUUUAAGAAGGAAGUCUGCAUAUUUUUCUAAAGUAUGAAGGAAAAAAGGUGAAAUGAUAUACCAAAGGAUGACUACAGGUAAUAACAAUCACAAUACAGCGUUAAAAUUGUUCUUAUUAUGGACCUUAAACUUCUUAUUAAGAUGUUUUUUAUAGUUAAAGUUAGUUGGAUAGUUGAUUUCCCUAUUAUAUUUUAUAUUUUCAAUUGCCAUUGAAGGUGGCAUCGCAUUAAAUAAAAAAACAACAACUACAGAGCAAGUUCCAUGGAACAUCAAUAUGUGUAAAGAUAUUGUAAAUACUAAUAUAUUUGGAUGUUGGGGAAAAAGUUAUUUUUGACUUCACCUUUUCAUUUUAGUUUGUAAUUUUGUUAUGUAAAUAAUUCACUGACUUUGCAAAUGUAUUAUGACUUAAGGCCUGCAUAUAAUGUACAUACAGUAUGACAAAUUUUUUAUGUAAAUGUAAAAUUUAUUUAAAAUGUUCUGGUUGUACUACAAUAUACCGUUUAUUG